GCUUUCUCCCAGCCUACGCUUACAGUUAUCGCCAUUUUGUAGCAGAAGCGCAAGGAGAAGCAGAUUCAGAAAAGACAAACCAUGAGUGGAUGUCGGGUUUUCAUCGGUCGCCUGAGCCCCCAUGCUCGCGAGAGAGACGUCGAGAAGUUCUUCAAAGGAUAUGGGCGGAUUCGGGAGAUCAACCUGAAGAAUGGGUUCGGCUUUGUGGAAUUUGACGACCACAGGGACGCCGACGAUGCUGUAUAUGAACUGAACGGCAAGGAACUCUGCAGUGAAAGGGUGACCAUCGAGCACGCCCGCUCCCGCAGGGGAAGAGGUGGUGGACCUGGAGCAGGUGGCGGACGAUUCUCUCCACGCUUCAGUGGCUACCGCCAGUCUCGCAGCAGUGGCUCCAGGUACGGCCCACCUGUACGCACGGAACACAGAAUCAUUGUGGAGAAUCUGUCUUCUCGGAUCAGCUGGCAGGACCUGAAAGAUUUGAUGAGGAAAGUCGGAGACGUCACUUUUGUGGAUGCCCACAGAACCAACAAGAAUGAAGGGGUGGUAGAGUUUGCAUCCCACGGCGAUGUGAAGAAUGCCAUUGAUAAGCUGGAUGGGACAGAACUGAAUGGUCGUAAGCUGAAGCUAUACGAGGAUCGCAAGAGGAAUCGCAGCAGGAGCCGCUCCAGGUCCCGCAGCUACUCUCGUUCCCGGAGCCGCUCUCGCUCCCGCUCCCGCUCCAAGUCCCUGAGCCGGAGCCGCAGCCGCAGCCAUUCCGGAAGCCGUUCCCGGUCCCCGAGCCGCACCCCGGAGAAGAAGGGCGCCGGCAGGGUCGCGCCUCGCUCGCCCUCCCGCUCCCCGUCUCGCUCUCGGUCCCGGUCGGGCUCGCCGGUCCCUCAGAGGAAGCAGUCACGGUCCCGCUCGCCUUCUGCUGAGAGCCAGCAGUAAAGGGCGUGUUUCUGAGGAGACCGUGGCGUAUCAGAGGCACUGUGUGGCUGCUGCUGUAGGGGUCUAAACAACAACCUCACUGCCAUUGGUUGUUAGACUGGGAUCUGAAAACCUUUAUGCGAGCCAUUUUAACUAUUCCUUUUCAAGGCCCCAGCGUGGGUGCCUUUGCUGGUGUGUAAUUGCACCGGCUGUGGUUCAGACCUUUUCCGUACCCCUGCAGUUUUUUGCUUUUGUUUUUCAUUUGCCCAGAUUUGGACACCGCUCUCUAUUGAAUACAUAGAGAAGUGGCUCUUCAUUUUGCCCAGAGGCGUUAUUAAAUUUUUAUUGAACUUACUGAACUGACUCAGAUGUGUACAAUGUCCCCUUGCCUGUUCAAUGCAGCUUUCCAUGUUGGUUAUAGUUUGAUUGUAAACCUGAGUGUUCAGUCCCAAACUUUAGAAGGAGGGGAGAACGAAAUGUCAAAGCCUUCACUUCCUGAAGUGUUGGUGUGAUGUGUAUCUUGUAUAUCUGCUUGUAGUGUUCUCUGGCCAUAAUCACAUGAGUGUUGUGAUUGUUCCCUUUGUUUAUUACCCCCCCCCCCCCCCUUUUUUUUUUUUUUUUUUUAAGCGUUAAUGCUGUGUCAGGGAUAACAUUGUCUGGAAAGAGAGUGUGGGAAGACUUGUGGUGACAGAAGCACAAACCAAUAUUAUGGCAAAUUUUGUAAGAAGGGCAGGACUGCCUGCAGUUAUAGUUAAAGUGCCCCUCUGCCUAACACUGCCCAGGUUUAUCUUGGAAGCAUGACAUGCUGUAUGUAGAGGGAUGGUGGGGCAGAGCUUGAUCAUAGGUCAUUAUGCACUUGAUUAAUCUUAAAUGGGUGCUUGCACAUAUUAUUCAUAUUAGUCCCUCAGCCGGCCAGUCUAGGACAUAGUUGUCAAAUAACAUUUACUGGUACAUUUUGAAGAGGGGCUAGUUUGCAGUUGAAUGUGUGAAACGGCUCUGUGGAUGGUGGGUGGCGUUGGAUCUACAUAGACGGAU